GUUUCCUACCAGGGCCGUCACGCCACUAAAGACGAGAUCACAGCCAGCGCCUACCAGGCUGUGGACGUUGAUAACAAGUACAAUGGAGCGCCGGUGCAGGUCAGGGUGGUCAUGGGAAAGGAGCCUCGCCACUUCCUCGCUAUUUUCAAAGGCAAACUCGUCAUCUUUGAGGGUGGUACAGGCCGACCUGGCGUAGCUAACCCUGAGGGCGGGGCCAGGCUCUUCCAGGUCAGAGGGACCAACGAGAUGAACACUAAGGCCACGGAGGUGCCUUCGAGGGCCUCGUCUCUCAACACCAACGACGUCUUCCUGCUGAAGACCGGCCACAUAUGCUUCCUGUGGUACGGAAAGGGCUGCAGCGGGGAUGAGAGGGUGAUGGGGAGGGCCAUGUCUGAUGUGCUGUCCAAACAGGACAAGCAGGUGGUGAUGGAGGGCCAGGAGCCAGCAGAAUUCUGGGUAAAUCUGGGAGGAAAGGCUCCCUAUGCCAGCGACAAGAGGCUGCAGAAGGAGGAGCCCCCCCACAGUCCCCGGCUGUUUGAAUGCUCCAAUCAAAUUGGAAAGUUCCGGAUGACGGAGGUGGAGGACUUUGCCCAGAGCGACCUGGACGAGGAGGACGUGAUGCUGCUGGACACCUGGGAGGAGAUUUUCCUGUGGGUCGGGACAUCAGCGAACCAGUACGAGACGAAGGAGGCGUGGAACAGCGCGCAGGAUUACCUGAGGACCCACCCUGCGGGCCGAGACCCCGACACACCCGUGCUCUUCGUCAAACAGGGAUUCGAACCGCCAACCUUCACCGGCUGGUUCAACGCCUGGGACCCUCACAAGUGGAGCGGAGGCAACUCCUAUGAGGAGAUGAAAAAAAAGCUGAGUGAUCCAGCAUCUCUGUCACAGAUCACUGUUGAUCUGAACAACACUAAUCUCAAUAAGAGUGCUGGUGGGGGGGGAUACGGGGCUCCUGGAGGCCCCGCCAGCUCCCCUCCGGCCUACAGGAUCCACGGAGGGGAUCUGUCCCCCAGACCCUCCACCCCCAGCAGCCCGUCCACCCAGAGAAACUCAGCCUCCGUGACCUUCUCCCCCUCCUCCCCCUCUACUGGAGGCUCUGCCAUGUUUCUGGCCCCCGAGCUCCUCGUCAACAAGACCCCCGACGAGCUGCCGGCUGCCGUGGAUCCCGAGCUGAGAGAGGUGGGUGCAGAGUGAGGGUGUAGCAGACAAAACUCUAACUUAGCCUGAGUUUAAUAUCUAUGUUAUUAUCAUUAUUUGCAUAGAACGGACAUGUUUGCAUUUACUCUCUUCCUCCAAUUGUCGGCCUGAGA